AUGGGAUCGCCUCUUUCACCGGUUAUAGCCAAUAUCUUCAUGGAGCACUUCGAAACAACGGCACUCCAGACUCUUUCACAACGCCCUUCUCUCUGGCUCCGAUAUGUCGACGACACAUUCGUCAUCUGGCCACAUAGCAAACCUGACUUAGACCACUUUCUCGCCCACAUCAACCAGCAUCACCCGAGCAUCAAAUUCACCAUGGAGACCGAGCAAAACAACAGCAUCCCCUUCCUAGACGUUCUCGUUACCAAAUCACCAUCCGGCAAGCCCGCUCAUCAAGUCUACAGGAAACCCACACACACCGAUAGAUAUCUUCACUACAGAUCCUUCCACCAUCCAUCCGUACUACAAUCAGUCCCCAACGCCCUCAUCCGCCGAGCCCAUCAACUCAGCGAUGCAGACCAUCUAGACCAGGAAAUCCAGCAUGUCACCACAGCCCUAACUAGCAUCAACGAAUACCCAAGACAUAAGAUCCAAUCCAAGACUCCCGCCAACAAGCCCGUAGCUAACUCCACCCCUGAAGAGAACCAACCCGCAGCUACACCACCGAAGCAAACUAUUGUUCUUCCCUAUAUCGGUCAAGCCUCUCACAAGAUUCAACGUAUCCUUCAAGCCGCAGACAUCCAAGUUCGACACAGUUCCUCCAACAAACUCCAUUCGAUACUCUACUCCCACAAACACAAGCAUCCAAACCACAAGAAAGCUGGAGUCUACAAAAUACCAUGCGAAUGUGGAAAAGUCUACAUUGGUGAAACGGGGAGAAAUCUGGAAACAAGACUCAAGGAGCACAGAACCAGCUUCAGACUCAGCGAUUGGGAUAAGUCCGCCAUCGUCAAACACGCCCAGCAACACGAACACACCAUCGAAUGGGAUAACAGUCAUCUCAUCUCCAUAAUGAAACACUGGCAUACACGCCGAAUCCGAGAAGCCAUCGAAAUUCACCGCCACAACACCGUGCCCCAAGAUUCAGGACUAUACAUCAACGACAUCUGGAAACCUCUCAUCAACAAGUACCCGGUCACUCCUCCUCCACCACCGCCUCCAGCACCGCCUCCAGCACAAAGCAUUUUUGUAUUUUAUACAAAAAAUAUCUUAAAAAUCCUACGACAUAUCGCAGAACGACUUAUUUAA